AUGCGAGUAAAUGCACUAAAUGGGAAGAGAAGGCCACACAAUCCCAUUCUUCAAGUGGAUGGUAUAACCUUCAGCGAUCCGGUAGAUACUUCGAACACGCUCGGCGAAUAUUUCGCGGGAUUGUCCUCGAUCUCCGAAUAUGAGCCCGAUUUCAUCCGUCGACAGGGAGCGGGUAUCACUUCGGUCAGCAACUUUGUGGUCCCUAUGAGUCGUCCUAAUAAUCCUCUCAACCGGAACUUCACCAUCGAGGAACUUUCUGUUGCCCUACGUUCCGCAAAAGGUGAGUCAACUGGCCCUGACGGUAUCGGCUAUAAGAUGCUGAAACAGUUGUCUCAGCUCGGACAGUCCACCCUUCUCAGCAUCUUUAACGACCUGUGGAAUACACACGAAUUUCCCGAGGGUUGGAGACACAGCCUAGUAAUACCUAUACCUAAGAUCGGUCAAAGCAGCAACAACUGUUCAUCCAAGAUUCUGGAAAGAAUGGCGAAUAGACGCCUGGUAACCUUUCUAACCGAAAAUAGGAAAUUGGACUAUCGACAGUUCGCCUUCCGACCGGACGUUGCACGUGACGUCACGGAAACGACAUUGACUCCGCAGAUGCUGUCCACCACAGCCGUUGCAGGAACCUGA